ACACAAUUUUGACUUCAAUUUUUAUUAAGUACGAAAGCGAAUUUAAUAUGAAUGUAUAUGCAGUUUUGAAUGUUGGAGAAGAUGCAACAUUGGAAGAGAUCAAGAAAAGCUAUCGAAGGUUAGCUUUACGUUAUCAUCCAGACAAGAACCCACAAUGUGAAGAACAAUUUCGAAAUGUCAAUCAAGCUUAUAAUAUCUUGUCAGAUCCCAAAAAGCGACGCAUAUACGACCGAUACGGCAUGGCCGGUGUGAACAUGAUAGAUACGAUGGGACCAGGUGCUAUACUUUUAGAUCCAGAAGUAGAGGCUGUCAUAUUGACGUUUUUCUGCAUCCUAUCCCUUGUUUUUGUUUGCAUUAUAUUUUGGCUCGUCUUUAUCUGUCUAAAGGUUGAUAGCUCAGUCAGUUGGCCAUGGAGUGUUGUGUUUAUACCUUUGUGGAUUAUUGAUUGUCUUAUAUUAUGGAUGGCCCUGCAUUAUUUCAGAAAUAGCAAUUCUAUGAAUAAGCAUUCCGAUCAUGCUAACGAAGAUGAGAAUGAAGGAGAAGAAAACGAAGAAGAACUGUUGUUGAAUGAGGGACGAUACAAGAAGAGCCUCAUAGGCAGAUGUAUACCCCUUGUAGAAUGUGUCUUGAUCAUACUAUUCCAAGUACUGAUUGUUCUCUACCUGGAUGGUAACCCUGUCUAUUUGCCGUGCAUACUUGCGCCUUAUUAUGGUUUCGAAGCCAUUCACAGCCUGUUUAAUGGAAAGUCAGGAUGGGUAACAAGGCUAGUCAUGCUGAUCCAGUUGACUUGCAUUGUGCUCUAUCACAAGAACUGGGUCAUCGUCUUCAUACCCACCUACCUUUUAGGCUUAUUUUACUUCUUGAAGCUAUGGGGACAGUAUAGAUACUUUUCAAGGAUAGGAAAUCAAGAAUUAGCUCAGCAAGCAAAAUCAUUGGUCUUUGCUGCCACUAUUUUAUAUUGUCUCUUGGCAACCUUAUUCUACACCGUGCUCGGGCUUAUCAUCGCCAGGUUAAAAGGCAUGGUCCAAAUCAGGCUUAUCGUCAUCCUUAUUCCUAUUUUUAUUAUUAUGGGCAUCAUGCUCUGCUGUAGUGGCUGUUGCUUGCCUUGUAUGCUCAUCAUUCCCUCUUCGUUACCCAGCCAUGAUCCAGAAAUUGUAGAUCCCAAUCGGCGAAUUACUGCAUCCUCCGCCACAGCCAAAGCUGUCGUAACUUGAUACUUAUCUUCUUAAUUCCUUUUUACCUUUUACCUUUUACCUUACCUGUUACCUUUUUUUACUUUACAAACAAAACAAGAGAAAAUGAUUAAAGACGUUAUUAAGCAGCAUAUAACACCUUUUUAUCUUUUGACUCUGAGGAC